GUGUAACGCAAGCUGUUCGAUCGAACAUCUUUAAUGUUCGACCUUCUAAUCAAAACAUUUACUUCAUGGAAAAUUCCCACAACUUAAGGAAUGAGUUUUGAGGAAAGAUCCAAAUUAUUCGUAAACACUUUCCAAGAGUUCACUCGAGAACAGCAAGACGAGGUGUUAAAACAAAUCCUUCUGAAGUGUCAGGUGUGGAAAUCUUAACUUAGUUUCCAUUUCCUUAGUUGUAACACUAGUGAUAGCCUGAAUUUCAUCCGACUGCUUCGAGUCGUUUUCUCUUCUCAGCAAUGUCGUCACUGAGGAAUUAAUAACGACUUGAAGUAAUCGGAUGAAAUUCAGGCUACACUGGUGAAAGCUUAAGUAAUUUUGUUUACUCACUGUAUUAAGAGGCUCUGCCCUGGGGGGGCGGUCCCGUGUCGCUCGUCUGAGUUUUAAAAAGUCUCAUGUCGUUGUUUGUAAAUGCUUCACAUUGCUGUCGGAAACUGAGUGAAAAUUCUUGGCUUUGUCGGAAUUUUAGAAAAGGGGGAUAGCGAUGUGUUGUGAAGAAACCAUUACAGUUCUGCAAUUUCUCAGUUGACAUUGCGCAUAUUGAACACCUAUACAUUGCCAUUCACAAUUAUAAAGUGAUCCACAUUCAACAUUUGAAGACUAACUGACCAAGGAAAAUUGACAGAAAUUACUUCAUCUUGGCAUUCAGACUGGUGAUAAAUAAUUGAGCCAAACGACGGUUCUUUGUCGUUUAUUCUUGGCUUUGCUGUCUCUGUCGCAAUUUGGCCGAGGGAGGUUGUCCCUUGUCGCAAUUUCAUUUUACGCUCUGUCCCUACUUUUUGGGCCAUGUCGCCUGCCUGAAUUGACCCUGGCAGGGCUGCUAUUAAGUUAAGUUAGCAUGGUUUGUUAUACUCAUUAUUCAUGCAUUUUGCCCUGUCCCCUGGGGAGGGGACGUACAAAUCAGAUGAAAUGAAAGUAGAAGAAGGAACCCUUACGACUGCACAUCUCUGUUUUAGAACCCUGUAUGGGACAAUGGACAUAUAACGUAAGUGAACUACCAGCAUGAGGUGGGAGGGGGAAGCAAUUUACUCCCAGACACAUGCUUUGUCACAUGGGUACCCUGUGGCUUUAGGGUGGCCUUGUUUCCUUUUGCAGCACUCCAAUGGUUUGUUACUAAUUUUUGUUGCAGCCUCUCCAGCUCCGAUUGUUAUACAGCGAGUUAAAACCUCUACUGGCUGUUGACUUUGUAGCUUCUCUCCCAAAGGAGUUGGCAGAGAGGAUCUUCUCAUUUCUCCCUGUUAAUGCAUUAUGUCGUGCUGCACAGUGCAGUAGGUUAUGGAGGGAGAGAUCAAAUCAUAAUGCAAUUUGGUAAUUAUUUUAAUGAUCUCAACAAUAAUAGACCUCUACAACUUGAUGUUUUGUUUUCCCAAUGAAGACCUGAUAUGAUAUUUAAUUUGAAUGAAACAGUUCUCUACAGUAUUGUCACAUGACCUACAUUGGGAAAACAUCUAACAUUCAAGCUAAAGGGGUCUACUAUUUGAAUAUAAGAAAUGUGUAUUAAUUUAUAAAGCACUCAACGGCUUGGCGCCUAUUUAUUGAUCUGACAUUUUUGCUCUACACUGUUACAAGUGCUCCCUUAGAUCUUGUUCUUAAGAGAAUUUCUCUGAGAUCUAGCACUGUGACUUAUGGAGGUAGGGCAUUUUCCAUUGUUAGCCCAGUUAAAGGCUUUGGAAUUAACUGCCAGUUUCUUGAAAAAAGGCUGCUGACAUCAAUGUCUUUAAACAUCAACUGAAAACCUAUCUCUUCAAGAAAAAUUUGUUUUACCGUAUUUCAUCUGUUAUGUCAGAAUUUUUAAUUUGCUAAUUAUAUAGUUAUUUCUAUAGUAUUAAUUGUAAACAGAUUUUGUAAAUAAAUUUUGUAGCAUGAUUUGUAAAUUGACUUAAGUAGUAUGAUUUGUAAGGCAUUAUGGGCAGUUGGAGAAAUAAUGAUAUAUCAAUAAACUUAUUAUUAUUAUUAUUUAUUAUUACAUUAAUGAUGUUUUAAUUCAGUAGAAACUGAAUUAAUCAGGAUGUCUUUGGGUAACCCUGAAAAAUCUGUUCUAUUCUUUUUGCACCCUAUUUUCAUACACUGAAGGCAUCGUCUUUGUGUUCUAAAUGGAUGGGAUAGAUUUGAUGACGAUCGGUUACAAACACCUCACGCAGCACCGUCCCAAGGUCCUAGUAUUUCAUCAGCAGACUACAGCUUACUAAAACCUGCUACCUGCCGAUGGAAGAAAAUCUACAUGCGGGCACUUUUACUUGACAAGAAUUGGGCACAGGGAAGGUACUCUGUAGCACCACUUCUAAGGGGACACAGGGAACCUAUCACAUGUAUGGAUUGCAAUGGUAAACACAAGAAAUUUCUUUAAAUCUCAUUACUGUUAAAAUUCGUUUCCUUGCAUAUUUUUAAUAUUAUUGCCAGAGGUUUCCUUAUGCUCUGAUCUUUACAACAGAUUUUGCCGUUCACAUGCUGAUCCCUGAAGUUCUGCUUCCGGGAUUUCAGCUUCCGUGAACUUUUCGUUUUGACAAUGAUAUGAGCUGAGACUAGGUGAUGCCUAGGUGCCUUCAUAAUCGAGUAUUCUCUGUUGGUUUUGCCUCAGGUAGCACCAUUGUAUCUGGUUCAUCAGAUAACACAGUACGUGUGUGGGAUGUUAAAACAAACAGGAUUCUUCUUGUGUUGGGUCCUCCACAUACAGACUCUGUGCGGUGCUUGCAACUCAAGGUAAGAUAAAAUAAUAAUUUUAUGAUAGUUUAUCAGGGUUGUCACUAAGAUUUCAAGUUGCCGGGUAAAUACAGCAAGCAGGCAGGGAAUCAAAUGGCUAGGGAUUUCUUUUGGUUCUAUUUUUCUUCAAUUUUCCAAUAAAAGUAGCCGGGGGCCACUCUCUUAGUAGCCGGGGAAAAUCCCCGGCCCCCGGCUCUUAAUGACAACCCUGGUUUAUUGUGGGGUAUAUCCAUCUAAGCUGCAGGAAUGGUGAAAUUUUUAGGAAAAUGCAGGGCUCUGUUACUAAGAUUUCAACGCAGGUGCUGGGUACACUGUAUAUGAAAUUAGCAGGUGGGUAAUUGGACAACUGGAAUAUCCCUUUGGUUUAUUUGUCUUUUGUUUCACAGUAGCUGGGCAAAUCCCUGGCUUCUGGCCCUAAGUGACAGCCCUGAAAAUGUACUAUUGAACUGAGUGUCAGGGGUGCCAAAAAGACCAUGAUUAAAAAGACCAUGAUUAAAGGUACAGGUUGUGAUUUACAACAACUAUUUUUAGCGCAGGAACAAUUUUGUAACCAUUCCAAACAAUCUUGGAGCAAUGCUGCCAUGCUAAAUUGCGCCAUAAAUCAUCGUUGGGAAUCGUCUCGUGUAACAUAACCUUAAAGAAAAGGGGGUGUAAAAUAAAAUGAAAACUAAGACAAAGAAGGGGGAACUUUUGGUUGAAGAGAGCUAGAUCUGCCACUUUGUUACUUAUAAACUACUUGAAACCACUUACGGCUGACCUUAGCAUUUUGUUGAACAGUAAAGUUACAAGAAAAUAGUCAAAUUGAUUCUUCCUAGUUGGUAGGGUGAUGGAUAAUGCUCUUCUAUUGGUUUUCAUGAUCAGUAACUGUGGAAUUGUGGCUGUGGUGUGAUGUGAUAGAUCGAGGAAAGAGGCCCUUUUUGUCACCUUAGUUUGAAGCCAAAUAGAGGCAAGGGCCAAGGAAUGUAUAUGAAGUGCAACCCCCCCUCUCCCUAGGUAAUGAACAGGCUUUACAGUUUUUACCGAAACUGGCAAACAGAGAUUCAAACAUAUCUGUAGCAGUAGAUGCUGGUGCUAGACAUUAAUGACUCAUGUCAUAUGACUUUUGAUUGUCAAACCAAAAAGGUGGUCUCAUGUAGUCACAUUCCUUUCUCAAUUCUCAUUGCUGAUUUCAUGGUUAUCCAUGAUAGUUAUAAAGCACUAGAAGUUUGCAACCAAAACAACUUUCAUAUUUCAUUGAUUUUUGACUUUCCUUGAAUUAGUCCUUUCAAUGGUUGAUUCCACCUUUGACACACUCAGAAAAGUGACCAUGUGAGUAUUCAGAAGCCACACAACCUAAGUUGGCAGCAAAAUCAACUAUCAUACAUAUUUUUGAAUUCGCCUUCUACCUGUUUCAGUGUUUCCUGGAGUUCAUGGUGAUGUUAAGAUUUCUUGUUGUGUUGUUGUAGGAUUCCCUUUGUGUGACUGGCUGUGCUGAUGGAGUUAUCAGACUGUUUGAUCUUAAAUCUGGGCGAUGCCUCAGGUAAUGACACCAUUCACUAAAUGAAUUUUUUGUUCAUUGUUGAGUGAUGGACUAGAAUAAUUAUUUUCAACAAUGGAUGACCUGUUAUGUUGUGUCAACAACUAAUAUAACAUAAUUAUUCAAAUUUUUGUGACAUCACACGUCUAAUUUAAUUGUAAAAUACUCACGUGCAUAUUUAUUACAUAUAUACAAAGCUUAUGGGAAUAACAUUAUUAAUAACACUAAACAACAACAACAACUUGACUUAUAAUGUUGAACCCCUUAUUUUGUUUGACCUUCUGAGAUUUUGAUGAAAUACCCCUUUCUUGUAGGGGAUCUCUCCUCCUUUAUUUUAUCUACAUGUACAUGUAUUUAUCAUUUUUUUUUGCAAAAGAGACAUGAAUGACAUCAAUCCCAUCCAUAUGACAAGUGUCAGAGCUUGUGCCGUAUAACGUUAAUUUAUUCAGUUCUACUGAAUACAAGUGAUGUGAAUAUUGCGUUCCAAUGAAAACUGUCUUUUUUAAAAUUUCCACGAAAUUUUACGUAUAAGUGACAGUUUAGUUAUUUUUCAGUUCUAUUUGUUCCACUUCGGUAUUGUAUUCUUUCUCUUUAAAAAAAAAAAAAAGAAAAAAAAAAAAAAACUGAGAAAAACAGCUAUGCACUGCUGCUACCACAUGGUGGAAUUUGAUGUGUAUGUGCCUUAGAUCAUUUCAGGGACACUCUGGGGGUGUGGAGCAUCUAUCUUUUGACGGCAGCACCAUUAUCAGUGCCUCUACUGACCUGUAAGUUCACAUGAAUGUAACGAGGUUUUCGUGUACAUCUAUAUCAAUGAAUGGAUUCAUGGAACGAACGUACGCCGCACGCACGCACGUACGAACAAACGAACGAACGAACGAACGAACGAACGAGCGAACGAACGAAUAUAUAAAUUGGCGGAUUGGUAAGAAAGUCAAGGUCAGGAACCUUAAAACUGUCAGUCUAUACUUAAAAUAUUAGGUGGCAGCCAGUUCCAAUCGACCAGAUACUGAACUUGUGGAAAUUUCGAAUCGUGCAGCUACAUUGUAGACUUUUGCUUAAAAUGGGGUGACAUGGUUAUCGCUACUUUUUAAGCUCCCUGGGAAAGAGUCCCUAUUUUUAAUACAUUUACCAUGUUUUUUUGGUAAAGGACUGUUCGUGUAUGGGAUGCAGAGACUGGGCGUUUGGUCCACACCAUGACCGGCCAUUCGGACGAAAUACAGGUAAACAAAAUUGACUUUGUGAGGGUGAACACCCUGGAUUAGUGGAAACUGAGUACCUUAACUCGUGGCCCACAAAUUAUGACAGAGCCGGACAAAAAUUGAAGCAAACGAAAUACUGUUAACUUUCUCGAAGACGGACACCUUCGGGACCGGCCCUCAUCUGUCUUAGAGAGGUGUCUACUGUCCGGCUUAUUGAGAGUCGAGGUAACGUGACACCAGUGAAGACUUAAGCUGAACCCGCUCACAAUGAAUACACAUCUGUUUUACUUAUGCAAAACAGCUAUAACUGCAUGGAACAUUAUAGCAGAAAAGUGGAAUCAUUUUCUUAUUGUGCAAUCAAACGCGCGUCCAUUAUAAGCAAAUGUUCACGGCUACGAGGUCUAAAUGUGUAACAGUACGCACUCUGCGAACUGGAGCAAGAUUCCAAAGUAUUAAAAAUCCUGCUAUUUACUGUCGUGGAGAGCAUCUACUUUUCUCUUUUGACUUAUUUUUCACUGCAUAAAGCACUUCUCAAGUGUUUGUUGACAGUUUGACCGUUUCAAAAGUGUCCAUUGUCCGUCUUAAAGAGGUGUCCGUCUUAUGGAGAGGAGGCUGAUUUAGCAACAGAACGGGAACGUCAGUUGACAACGGCGCGCGCAAAUCAAACAACUGGCUUAACCAAUGACAGAGCGGGAAAUUGGGCGCCGGAAGUCGUGUUUAGUCCUUUCUGCGCGCUUUCCCGUCGCCAACUGACCUUCCCGUCCUGUUGCUAAAUCAGCCUAGUAUAGUUGACUGAAAAACGGCAGAGACCUACACCAGGUGUCCGUCUUAGACAGGUGUCCGUUAAGAGAGAGUUAACUGUAGACUUCUUCGUGGUCCCACUACCCCAUUGGGACCGAGACAUUGACAGGACUCUGAAAAAACUGAUCCAUUGUCGAGUUUCGCCAAUAGGUUUAUCGGGAUGCAGGAUACGCCUUUUUUGAAGGCCGGGAUUCGGGAUUUUAACACAAAACAGUAGGCGAGAUUCGAGAUUGAAAGUAUACACGGGAUGCCAAAAAUAACCAUCGGGAUAACGGGAUUGAACGAAACUUUGAAUCGGGAUGACGGUAUUGAAGAACCCUAUUUUGCACCCUCAUUGUCCAGUUUUUGAUGUGGCUUUGCUUUAAAAUGCAGGUAAUAAGUUGGCAGUACAUUUACUGUCCGUUUUUUACAACAAUGUUGCAUACACGCGUUAACUGCGAUUUUUUAUAUCGCCUUUUAUUUCAGCUUUACCAAACAACUUUCUUUUUCUUUGAAGCUUUUGGUAGCACAUGAUAAACUGGUGAUCACAACGUCAUGGGACGAAACCAUUCGAAUGUGGAAUGUCAAGUCAGGGACAUGUCUCUUGACUCUCAGAGGACACACGGAAGGUAUUUAUUUUUUCUUGUUUUAUUCUUCUAUCUUUUUUUGCCAUCCUAUUUUUGAUAAAUGCAAUUCUUUCUUGGCACUACCAGCUGUUAAUGAUGUUCGCGCAGAAACUGACAUCAGAUUAAGACAAAGAACAGUCAGGCAACAAUAGCAAAUAUUCAUUAGAGAUUAUCGUUAACUUUGUGCCUAUCAUGUCAAUGCAAUGUUACUUGAUUUCUAUAUUACUUAUCGGCAUAUAUUUUUUGGAGAGCGUUACUGACUGGCGCUCGUGAUGCAAAGUUAUAUCAUUAGCGCGAUUUUCGUGGUACUCGGUUGAAAUGAUUGCACACAAACAAAACUAAAGCAACAAACGAACAUGGAUAUUCGAAUAUGAUUGGUUUAUCGAAAAUAUAUGAGUUUAGCGACGCAUUUUAACAUGCAACUCAUUUCCGGGUGAAGAAAAAUUUCGAAAAAUUUACUUUUCUUACGUUGGGAGAACAGAAACUGGUUAAAAGCCGCCGUUUUCAAUAGAGAAUGACCUUCUGAUUCUUAUUAAACUUCCCUGUUAAUCGUUGUUAACUGUUGCUAAUCUUCGAAAUUGUUCGGCUGUUGCCUUAGGCACUGAAAGGCUUAUUACCGUCAUACCUGAUUGUUCUUGACUGACCACUCCAAUCAAGGAAGACAUACCAAUUGGUUUUCUUGUCAUAAACGCCUCUCUGUUUCACUCAUUUUGCAUUAAUUGUCUACUUUUCUUUUUGAAAUGUACUACAUUUAUAAAGAACAGGCUUAUUUGGCUGCGUUAGGUGGUUGUGUGAUCGGAUUGUGGGCUCGAUGACUGUUACGUAACCACAAUAGCUAUGAUUACUGGUAACAGUUUCCUUUCUAAUUCGCAGCUGUUUACUGCUGCGAUUUUGAUAACCAAAAAAUUAUCAGCGGGGGUGGAGACGGGCUGAUCAAGGUCUGGGAUGCUCAGACGGGAGACAAUACCUUCACUAUGGUCGGACACUCCGGAGAAGUGGUAAAUAUAAGUUAUAAUCCUGCACCAGCACAUAUGGGCUUACCAGUCUAUGUAGGAUGUUUGUCAAAUGAACCUAGUUUAGUGGCCUUAUCUCCCACACGUUUCCUGUAGCUCAGUGGGAGAGAAUCUGGACUAGAAGCUAGAAGGUCAUAGUUUGAACUCCGGUUGGGAGUACUUGGAGUUUUCUCUUCCGAGCCGCCUGUGUCUCUGACUGAAAAAAAAAAAAAAAAACUUUCUCUCUUAUUCAUCAGGCAGAGAUUUUGCUAUCACGUUUUCAUCAUUUCGCAUAAACAUACGCAUAGAUCAUCAUCAUCAUCAUAUCUUUAUUUCAAUUCGGAUUUUAGAGUAGCAUUUCUGCUAGUAUCUGCGAAAGAGAAAUGAUAAGUAAAAUGAAAUACUUACAAAUACGAAAUCCUUGCUAAUACGAACCUGACACAAAGAAGUUAAAUAGAAAGGUGCCAUAUUGACCAAACACUUGUAAACGAGUGUGAGCAUAUCCUGGAUUAUCGCUUCUCCUAGAGAAAACAUCAACAAUCUAGUCCUGAUAGUAUGCAAGAUGUUUGUCACAUGACUAGUGUAGUGGCCUUAGCUCCCCCUAGUCAACUUUCUAACAUAAUCCUGUGAUCUCUUCGACACUGCAAUACGAUUGCAACCCUUAAGGCAAAUGCCCCACUCAAUACUGUAAGGUCGGCGGACUAUAGAAGGGAGAAAAAAUGAUUAUUACAUGUAGAUUUACAAUAUGAAUGGAAGUAAUACGGUUGUCAGUUGUCAGUUUUGCAGCUAUAACAAGGCUCCACAGGAUUGGUUUGGAAAAAAUGAAAAAACAAAGUUGACAAUAGCACCUAACCUUAAAACAAAAGAGCUGUGACGUAUAGAAGUUCAAUGAAGUUAAGGGGUUUUAAAGAGGUGCGAGGCUACUGUCUUUCUAAUUUGGGUUCCAUGUAGAACAUGGUGUACCUCGUUCUAGUCGGUGUAUUAAGAUUAAAAACCUAAACACUCAAAUUUUAAAAAAAAGUUUUAACUGCUUCUUUUUAAGUUAAACCACUUCUCAGUCCGUUAAUGCCGAAUUUGGCAUUUUAUUACAGUAUUGUCUUAAGUUCAACGAUGAAGUCAUUGUAUCUGGUUCGGCUGACAGCACUGUGCGAUUAUGGAGCCAUCAGGGUAAGACAAAUGUCUCGAUAGAAUGUUAUUGGGCUUUUUACAAGUAGCUUACAGGAGAGAGGCGUUAGAAGAGGAUCUGUUGUUCGAUGUUAUAUUUUUUCAGAUUUAAGAUUUGUGUAGUGGAAAAACAAAAUCAUGCUUAUACUUUUACCGGUCAAUAGGAAUGUUUUUGUUAAUAUUGGAGAGCUCAGAAUGGCUCUAACUUUCGUUUUAAAUCGCUCCAACAUUUGGCGGUAUGUUUUAGACAUGUCAGACCUUAUUAAGGUUUUUUGUCCUUUCUUUUGAUGACCGAACGCAGGCACACAAGAGAAGUGUUUGUUCCGAAAUAUUAUUAUUAUUAUUUUUAUCAUCAUCAAUAUUAUUAUUAUUGUUAUUUAUUAUCAUCAAUAUUAUUAUUAUUAUUAUUAUCAUCAUUAUUUUGAGGAAUACCAUUAUCGGCUGUCUUGGCUCAAAAUUUUGGCGGAUUCUCUAUUCUUAAAAACACACAAACGGUUUUUACGUAUCAUCCAAAAUUCGCCCCACCAAUGUUGCAUGCCUGACGCCUCUUUUAUUUGUUUGCAGGCACUUUGCUGCACACGCUUGAGGAGCAUAUUGGAGUCGUGCGCUGUCUGUGUCUCUUAGGAAAUCGACUUGUCUCUGGUGGAGACCAGAAGCGUAUUGCUGUCUGGGACGUAAAGGUGUGUGAAACUUCUAACUAGACUGCACACUCAUAAUUAUGUAUUCAUAAUUUGGCACAUAUGAUUAUGAAUAAUAGAAGAUACUUUCGAUAAAAUAAAAGUGCAAGCUAAAUAAUACGCUAGUACAAAGUAACUGCAGCGCAGUAAUGUUCUGGAUGGUUUACCCUUUUAUUCUCCGGUUGUUCGAAAGGUGGAUAGUGCUAUUCAGUUGAUGAAUCUAAAUGACGCAAUUGGCUUCCCUAAUACUGAUCCGCUGGAUAGUGAUUUAUCCAGUGGAUAUUGCUCUCCAUUGUGUGACCAACCGGGGCCUACAGGAAAAAAUAGUCAGUAACCCAUCUUUACUCAUAUUCGGGCCAUCCUAAGAUACAGCAUCCUCACUCUAUUCUGUUUUUUUUUUUCCCACAGGAAGGCAAGCUUUUAAGCGUUGUCUAUCGUAACCCAGCUUUGCUUCACUUAAUGUGGGCGGAUGACACUAAAUUAAUAACAGCUUCCCCGGAGACCCCAGGGACAAUAACCAUCAUUAACUACUGGUAGGUUUAGUACUUGCUAAGUAAUCUCCAAGAGCGUGGAUUCAAAAGUGUGUUGCGAUGUGAGCAAGGCUUCUCUGAAGACGUAUGGAACAUCUAGCAUCGUCGAAUGUAGAUAGGUGUG